AUGCAUCUGGUGCCGGCCGGCCCGGUCGCGCUCGACACCGCCUUCCCCAAGCGCGCUCGCGCACCCCCGGGUGCGACACUGUCCCGAGAUGUCCGGACACCGGCGCCUCAGGCGCUGCCACCUGAGCUCGCUGUCUCCGACAUAAACUACUACAUAGGUGCACUACGAGGCGACGCGGAGGGCUCGCGGGGGGAGGUGAAGGGCCAAGACGAGGCGGAGCAGGUGGUGGGCAACGCGGGCAAUGCGAAGGGGGAGGAGGCGCAGAGCAGCGAGGGCGGGCGAUGCGAGCGGAAGGACGACGUGGGUGGGGGAGGUAACGUCGGUGGAGGACAUGACGUGGGCUGGGACGACACUGAGGAGGGCCGCGUGGGCGGAGGAGGUGGGCGGAGGAGGGUGACGCGGAGGGCUCGCGGGAGGAGGCGGAGGCAGAGGAGGUACGCGGACGCGGGCGACAUGGAGGUGGGUGAUGACGCGGAGGUGGCCGACGCGCGUGGAGGAGGUGGGCCGCGGGUGAGGGAGGCGGAGGAGGGUGUGCGGGCGCAGGCACCUGAGGUGUGCAGACGGGCGGCGCGAAGGCGGGCAGAGAACAGCGCGGAGGUGGGCAACGGGGAGGAGGGCAGCGGCGAGGUGGGCCAGGCGGAUGCGGAGAUCGAGGUCAAGGCCGGCGGCAGGCCGGAUGUACGAAGCCGGAGAGGAGAGGUGGGCGUUGGGAAUGCAGGAGGGUGGAGCGGGGGACUCACCAAAACAAGGGCCGCGGUACAUCGCCGCGGCCCCCUAAUUCUAAUCUCCAUGCUGAGAACGUCCGGAUGGACGUCCUCGUGCGGUGCGGAUGCGGCCGGCAAGGUGGGAGAAGGACGGCAUGGAGGUCGAGGUUGA